UGAUGGAAAGCAGUUGUAAGACAGGUGCCCUCGGUUCAUUGUCAGUGAGGGGCGCGAGGGAACGAGUGGAUUUUCUCUUUUGUCCGUAAUUUAUUUUUUAUUUUUUCGUACCGUCAUUCAGUGGCUGGAUGGCGUGGGACAGGUGUAAUCAGGACUCGGUGUGGAGAGAACUAGAGUGUGCUGCCUUAGUUGGUGAAGACCAGCCCCUUUGCCCUGACCUUCCUGAGCUUGACCUCUCUGAGCUGGAUGUCAGUGACCUCGAUGCAGAUACCUUUCUGGGCGGACUCAAGUGGUACAGCGACCAAUCAGAAAUCAUUUCCAGUCAGUAUGGCAAUGAAGCAUCAAACCUGUUUGAGAAGAUAGAUGAGGAAAAUGAGGCCAACUUGCUGGCAGUGCUCACAGAAACCCUGGACAGUAUCCCAGUGGACGAAGACGGUUUGCCUUCGUUCGAGGCCCUGGCAGAUGGGGACGUGACCAAUGCCAGUGAUCAGAGCUGUCCUUCCACCCCCGAUGGCUCGCCACGCACCCCAGAGCCAGAGGAGCCUUCCCUGCUGAAGAAGCUCCUCCUGGCGCCUGCUAACUCCCAGCUCAGCUAUAAUCAAUACCCAGGUGGCAAGGCACAGAACCAUGCAGCCAGCAACCAACGGAUCAGACCAACACCUGCUGUUGCCAAGACAGAAAACCCCUGGAACAGCAAACCACGUGGGGCCUGUCCCAACCGGUCCAUGAGACGCCCUUGCACUGAGCUGCUCAAGUACCUCACCUCCAGUGACGAGGCCUUCCAGACCAAAGCCAGGGAAGCCAAGAGCACCUGGACAGGUUGUGGCAAGGACAGGGGAGGGGCUUGCACCUCUUCCUGCUCAUCUUCUUCCUCUCCAUCGUCUUCGUCCACCUCCUCUUUCUCGUCUCUGUCGUCCUGCUCCUCUUCCACCGCCUCCAAAAAGAAGACGUCCUCUGCCUCCCCAUCAUCACAGCAGCAGCAGCACCAGCAGCAGCAGCAGCAGCAGCAGCAGCAGCUGGCAUUGCAGGCCCAGCGAGCCAAACCAACCAUCUUGCCACUUCCUUUGACCCCAGAGUCUCCAAAUGACCACAAGGGAUCUCCGUUUGAGAACAAAACCAUUGAACGCACAUUGAGUGUGGAGAUCUGUGGAACCCCAGGUCUGACACCACCUACCACGCCUCCUCACAAAGCCAGUCAAGAGAACACUUUCAAACUAUCACUCAAAAACAAGCUUUCUUCAUGCUCUCCCUCGGCCCUGACAAGCAAAAGGCCCAGGCUGAGCAAUGGGGGCUCUUGCCCUCCGCCAACCAGCGGCUCUAUUCGGAAGGGCCCAGAGCAGACUGAGCUCUAUGCCCAGCUGAGCAAGGCAUCCUCCACAAUGCCCCUAGGGGGCUUGGAGGAGCGUCGGGGCAAGCGGCCCACGCCCCGCGUCUUUGGCGAUCACGACUAUUGUCAGUCUACAAGCACAAAACGAGACGGCACCACCACAGCUACAGCGGUGACUGGGCCAACGGAGGGCCGGCAUGUGGAAUGUAAAGACUCGAACAUGCCGACCUCCUCUACUUCUACAUCAUCAUUGUCUUCCGCCACCCCUUUGUCUUCCUCUCUGGCCAGGCAGCUUCAGGGCCUUUCCCCCACUGCUCAGGAGGCUCGUCCGGACACAGAUGCUCACGGACAGGACCACAAGUCCACUUCAGGCUCCAAAACGUCAGUGGAUUGCAGGAAACUACUAAGGGACCAGGAGAUCCGGGAAGAGCUCAACAAGCACUUUGGAAAGCCUCAGCAAGCCUUCUAUAGCGGGGUUGUGGGAGAGCAAAGGGACAAUCGGCCGCUGGAGGACAGUGACUCUGGGGAUGAGUACCCCAGUCUUCUCAGUGACUACAUGCACCCGGGUCUGCCCGACUUUGAGGACCUCGAGGUUGGCCGGGAGCGCCUGUUCUACUUGGGGGAAGGUUCUCCACUCGAGCUGCUCCUCGAAGGGUCGCCCUCCAGCUCCCCUUCCAGCAGUUCAUUCUCAUGGAGCUCUGUCUCACCUCCUUCCACUCAGCUGUCCCCACAGCACCCCCGCUGGCCACGCUCCAUCUCUCGGACCCGUUUCUCAUCUCACAACAGGAACAGAUCCCUCUCCAGGUCUCCGUAUUCCCGCUCGGAGUCUCCCGACAGCCGUUCUCCCUCUUGGUCUCCUCACAAUAUGGACGAUAGCACUUUUAUUCCCAGGAUUUGUAGAAGCCCUCGGUCCCAGUCUAAUUCUAUUUUUGGUCGGAGACCUAGGUACGACAGCUAUGAGGAAUACCAGCACGAGCGUCUGAAGCAGGAAGAGUUCCGACGUGACUAUGAGAAACGGGAAUGCGAGAGAGCCGAGCAGAGGGAGAGACAACGGCAAAAAGCAAUAGAGGAGAGGCGAGUGGUGUAUGUGGGACGUCUUCGUGCCAACAGCACACGCACAGAGCUCAAACGCCGCUUUGAAGUCUUCGGCGAAAUUGAGGAGUGCACAGUCAACUUGAGACAUGAUGGAGACAACUUUGGCUUCAUCACCUACCGCUACACUUGUGAUGCGCUCGCUGCCCUUGAGAAUGGACACACCUUGCGCAGGUCGAAUGAGCCUCACUUUGAGCUCUGCCUUGGUGGACAAAAGCAGUACAGUAAAUCGAAUUACACAGACUUAGAUUCCCAUUCUGAUGACUUUGAUCCAGCCUCCACUAAAAGCAAGUACGACUCCAUGGAUUUUGACAGCUUGUUGCGAGAGGCCCAGUAUAGCCUGAGAAGGUAAUGAGCACCACUGCACCGGCUGGCUGCAAACAGAGGGAUUUGCAAUACCUCACUGUUGUUUCUGUUCUUUGAAUACAAGACUAAAGACGUUUUACACUCACCACUGUAAGUGGAAAGAGUAUACGUGGACGAUAAAGUUCUACGUAUAUGAAGGGAUAUACGCGUUUAUCUGCAAGCAAAGUUUACAUGAACCUAGCUGCUGCGAAGCUGAGGAGAGACACUGCCUGAAGUAGCGCACACUACUUUAGCGGACUACACAGAUCCGUGUGCGGCGCGAGGCUCCGUUAGAGACACGAAUCUUCAUCAGAGCUCGCUUCACACGCGCAUCGCCCUCGGCACUUUGAAAGGGGAAAAUUGCAGCUCGUUCAGUCUGUUUUUAUUGUUUGGAGUUUAUUUUUGUGGGCUUUUUCUGUUCCUUUUUUAAUCUGGGUGUUUGGAUGUGGUGUUACAUUAUCGAGAAGGGUUUGGGGAAAUCUCUUGGAUGUUCAAGGUAACAUUGUCUACAUUUAUUGAGGGGGGGGGGGGAGAUGUAGUCGCCUAUUUACAAAAGGAAUAUUUUUAUUUGAUGUGCAUAUCAGCGUUCUUUGUUUGUUACAGCUAUGCACUGUAAAAUGCAGCCUUUUUAAGAUGAAAUUUUCUUAAUCAAGAAUGUUGAUCUGUAGUCAUUAUGAUGAUGUAUAACCUACAUGGCGUUUAGAUGACGUGAUUUGAUUGUAAAAAAAAAAAAACAUGUAUGGAGAUUUAUUGCUCUUUUUGGGGGAGCAUGCAACAAAAUUUUGUCUGUUUUUCCUUUGGUUAUUUUUAUUUCAUCGAAAAACUCCAUGUGCAGUUUCAUCCGAUUUUCAAAUGAAUAUCUCAGUGUUUUCCGUACAUACAUGCAGUGUAAGAUAGAUUUUUUCAAGAGUUUAUGUUCACUACUGUGUAAAAAAAUGAACCCCAAGAUAUUUUUUUAUCCUUUAUGUCUGAAGGAAUCAAUAGAUUUUAUUUGAAUUUCUCUGUGCACACUAAUAAUUGUUAUCGUUCCUGUUUGAUAAUACACUUUCACAGAGAUGAUUACUCUUCUAACACAGAAUUACUCAUGCUUAUUUAUGUAUUUAUCUCAGUAUUCUAAUCAAAAUAUUUAUGGCAGCCAUCUCACGUGAUGCUCCUUACAAAUUUUGCUAUUUAUAUUAUUUGUUAUUCAACAAUCACUGGAAAGGAUGUAAAUUUACAAGUUCUAAAGAAAUAUCGUUUUUAUAUGCCUUCAGAGAUGGAACAAACAAUAUAUUGUAUGAUCAUAUUCUAGGCUCAUGAUGAACUUUGCUGCUCCAAAACUCAAGUGAUUUAUUUGUUUUUCUAGCUCUAAAACAUCCACCUUUUCAUCUCUUUUUUUAUUACAUGAAGCAAUAAAAUAAUUUUGCAGGUAUUUUGUUGUACCACAGAAAAUCUGUGUCUUUGCUCCACACUUUUGAUUAUGUGAAUGCCAAACUAAAGUUUACAAUUUUCUUUCCUGAAUUUUUUAAAAACAAGAAAAAAAGAUGUAUUUGAUGUAAAAAAAAAAAUUAUAUAUAUAUAUAUAUAUGAUGAUACUAAUCUUGUCAUUACUCACAAUAACUCAAAAUAAUGAAAAGUAAUAAUGGAAUAUGAAAAUGUGAAUUUAAAAAAAAAUAAAUAAAUAAAAAAGCAAUAAAUUAUUUUUCAAAGCUGUAUUUUAGCUCAUGUUGUUGUAUGGUUUUAGACAUGACAAAUUACCCAGACUCUGUUCAAAUACGGGGGAUCCAUUCCAGUGCCUCAACACAGAUCUUAAGAACACCGUUGGAAAGAGAAAUUGGUUGUGAAUGCAGCUUGUGUGUGUGUGUGUGUGUGAGAGAGAGAGAGAGAGAGAGUGUGAGCAAAUUCAAGAAUUCAAUAUAAGCAAUGAAAGAAGUGGAAAAGCCAAAAAUUGCAUCUAUGAGAUUGAGUCUCUUUCCAAAGCAAGAGCAAAUGAACUGUUAAUAAUUUGAAUCACCCAAACGCAACAGGCACCUCUCACGGACACUUAAGGUAACCUUUUUUUUAUGUCGAUUAAUAGCCCAUAUUAAAAGAUUCACAAACCAUUGCUGUCGAUGUAAAUGUCUGGUUUCAGAAAAAUGAUUUUCUGCACAGAGCUUGGGUAUGGAGUCAUGUCGCGUUCGAUAUGUGUGGCUUUAAUCAGUGCAACAUGUAUGUUGCAAAUCUGCUUUGUAAAUUGCUGUAGCAAUAUGUUACAACACCCUGAUGGGGUGUAUCUUUUGGAGUGGCAGACUUUCUACUACUGAAGGAUUUGCCACUGCGUUGGAUGAUUUUUUUUUGUGUGUGUUUCCAUAAAGAAGCAGAUAUAUCUAAACGAGGCUGUGUGUGGAUUUGAUAGAGUGUGCGUGUAUUUCGGGUCAAGGGGACUGUGUUUGGCUGUGUUAUCUUCUAUUUGUCUCCUAUCCAUGUUGCCUUCUGCUGAGUCCUAACCAAUGCCUUUGUAGUUGUACGUAUUGUACAAUCUUUGUUGUGGAUUUUCUUUUUUAUGUGUAGUUUUCAUCAGCCUCACCAUGCCAAUAAAGGGAAUUGUGUCUAAUUUA